AUGCCGUCUGGAGUCCUUGGAGAUCUGUGCGGAUGUCCACAACGUGGUGGUAAUGGGAAGAGGAAUUGGGGGGACCUCAUAGGCGAGCGGGGGAGAUGGAGAUGUUUCGUUUCAGUCCCAAUUUUUGAUGGUUCCGAGUCCGCACAACGACCGUCGUUCGCUGGCGUCUGGCUCGCCCCUGAAAUCGCAACUACGAGGACGAGCACGAACUAUCUGGAUCGUAUGCACCGCGUCGGAUUUGUCGAGGAGGGCGACACGAGAUUAUAG